CGCAGACAGCCGCACGAUUCUUGCCCGACGCGGCUUCUCUCGGCCAGUUUGCGUGCUGAGCGUGCCGCGCUCGGUCGCUUCCUUCUGCCACUCGUGUCCUUUGAUCGAGAUACCUGUACCCGGAUCCCCAGUGAUCGCUGCACCGGUGGAUGCGAUUUUAAUCGAAGAAAAUCCGAUUUCAUUCGUUCGAUUCGAGCCUGUCUACGUAUUUCUCUUCGAAGUACCAAACAACAUCGCGUCUCGAAUGAUAAAUGAUUAAGAAUCCUGUUGAAAGCUCGUCGAACAAAGGUGUCAAAGAUAACACGCGAUGGAGGAUGAAUAAUACUUCAAGGUUGUCACUUGACAAAGAAUUCGUUCGCCGAUUCACGAAACGCUCGAUCGAACCCUUAAGACGAUCGAUCUGACUUAAUCCCUCGUUCGGUACCAGAGAGAAACAGCCAGCAAGAGAGCAGGGAUCAUCCGGUGGAAAGGAAAUGGAAGAGGCAGAAGAGGCAGAGAACCGAGGACGAAGACGGCGAAGACGACGCAGACGAGGACGCGACGUUGAAGAACGCUUCGAGGCCUGAGAGAUCCGGAGAAUGGCUGCCUCCCGCGUCGAUUCGGAAAUCGGCGAAGAUCAUACGAUAAUUAGAAGAUCAUCGAUUCGCAGUGAACGUAGAUCCUCGGCAUCUACAGUAAUCGCCAACGAAAGUCAAUCGAAAUGUCUUAACGAUAAGGAUGACAAAGUAGACAGAGUCAUCGUUGUCGAAGAUCGCUACAAGUCGAUGGGUCACGAUCGUUCUAGCAAAAACAAGUCUCUAUUCGGUCGAGAUAAAACGGAUGAACACCAGAGAACGAUCGAAUCCGCUGACCAACGAAAAAGUUCCGAGGAGAUCGAAGAUCGCAAAAGUUCGCAGGAAGAAGAAUACAAGCCACGAUUGAUCCGCAAGCGGGUCAGCGUGGACGACCCCGCGAUACAGAUUAAUAAAAAAGGUAUCACGGAAUCGAAGAAGAAAACAGGGAACAACGAAGCGUCGAUUUCGUCCAGGGUUAUCUAUAAAUUAGUCGGCUCCGGCGAGCAUCGCGGAGACACGACCGUGAAAGGGGAUCAACGCGAGGCUUCGCCGAGGAAUCACGUGAAUUUGAUCGUCGAUAGGGUGGACGGUUCGCCAGAGGGUUCGGGAACCUCUCGGACGGAAGUGGCUCGUAAACUGUCCGAUUCUCAGCCAGUCGUAAAAAGACGCGACGAGAGGAUAGCCAGUAAGGACAGUCCUCGCGAGCCGGUUCGUAAAGGGAGAAAACAAAGGAAAUGCGAAAACUGCGGAGAGCCGCACCUCCCUUACGUGGAAGGACACCCUUAUCAGCAUAAAUACCCCGGUUAUUCGGACAGCGACGCGGUGGAAUACGCGGAAAUUCGCGUUAAAAAUGGCGCGAAUGCAAAAGGCGUAGAAUUCAAACAAGAAACUCCGGUUGCAUCGUUGCUGUAUCGCAGCAAGUCUCUACCCCGGUUGUCGAUGCAUGACAGUGGUGUCGCGUGCAGUGGCAAUGAACAAAUACACGUCGCGGUUGCACCGCAUAGUAGCAAACAAUGGGUGGCUGAUCUGAAACAGCUGCACACCUUGAAACAACACUACUAUCCGGAAGGAGGAUGGGGUUGGAUCGUGGUGUUCGCCGGGGUGCUGGUACAGGUGUUGUCCCAUGGGAUACACGGGUCGAACGGUGUUUUCCUGCAGCAGGUGGCUAACAAGUUUGGUCCUCACGCGUACUUGGAAUCAGGAUGGCUGGGAGCAAUGUCGACGGGAGUAGCUCUACUAGUUUCGCCAGUGACAAUAGCGUUUUGUCGGAGAAAAAGCACAAGACUUACCGCAGUGUUGGGUGGCCUCGUUACAGCACUCGGUUGCCUCUUCACUUCUUUCGCCUCGCAAUUUCACCAGUUGUUCUUCAGCUAUGGCGCCGUUGUGGGCAUAGGGGUCGGCAUGACGAGGGAUUGCAGCACCCUUAUGGUGGCGCAAUAUUUUAAGAGAAGAAGAGAGUUGGUCGAAAUUUUCAUCGUAUCCGGAAGUGGCCUUGGUAUCGCUGUUAUGUCUGCUUUUAUAAAAGGAAUGAUCAGCAAAAUUGGAUGGCGUUUGGGUCUUCAAGCAGUGACGGGGGUAGUUUUUCUUACUUUCAUCUUAGGUACCUUUUAUAGAAGCGCGUCCCUCUAUCAUCCCCAACGUCGAGCAAUUUUGCAUUUGAAAAAUCAAAAGCGCAAGAUUAAGGAUAAGAACAAGACGGACGACAGACCACCGUUCUUCGACUUUAGUACCCUGAAGAGUAAAACUGUAAGAAUAUUACUGAUAUCGACUGGGAUAUCUGCCUUUGGGAUCAACACUCCAAUAUUUUACUUGGCGCACCAGGCCGAGGAAGAAGGCCUCGGUGACACCGUAGUUCUACUUCAGGCUUAUCUCGGCCUGGCCUGGACCCUCGGCUGCGUGGCCUUUGGUCUUUUAGUCGUGCAUCGCAGCGUCGAAUGCAGGAUAGCACGUCAGUAUCUUACGCAAGCCGCGGUGUUUGUAUGCGGACUGUGUAUCCUGGCCCUCACCGCCGUGCAAGGAAAUUAUCAUGGAUACGUCAUGUUCGCUUGGAUUUACGGAAUCUUCUGCGGUGGCUACCACUACAGCCUAAAAAUGUACACCUACGAAAGGGUGAGAGCAAGAAACUUCGCCAGAACGUGGGGUUUCGUACAAUGUUCCCAAGCUAUACCCAUAGCGAUCGGGGUUCCAAUUUCCGGGUACAUGAACGUUGGUUGCGGUGGGAAAGCUGGUUACUAUUUCAGCUCGACCUGCGUUCUGGUGGGUGGUUUCACCCUUUUCUUCAUAGAUCUACACAGAAGGAAUUUGUCCAGGCACAAGCACACCAGGUCGAACGGGACCAAGCACCUCUGCGUCUCGGACAGUUGUCCACAACGCCGGAAGCUAUCGUUUAGUCAGGAACCGGAAAACGAUGGUCCACAUGUGGCUGCUGCUGGAGCUGCAGCAGCAGCCCUUGUUCUCGGCACCGAGAUAUCACCAACUCCAGGUGAGAUGAUGGACGCUCUUCAACCAGAUAAGCCAGAGCUGACAUGCAUCUCCGAGGAGGGUAUCGCAGAUAUGGAUCUCCCUGACAACAUGCUCGAGGAUCUCGAUUAUAUCGGCGACUGUAUAACCUCGUGCAACAAAGUCGAGAACUAUCUGAUGCUCUCUGAAUUCGAGAACAAUUUGAUCGCGGAGAUGCCGAUCAUCAUGGAUCGUCGUGGACGAAGAUGGUCCAUUGCGCGAUCGAAGGGUGGCCAACCAGCUAUCGAACGACCUGCUACGCUUCAAUCGGCGAACGAGGAAACUGAUUCCAAGCAGAAAUGGCAUGGGACUAAUGUACCUCCUAACAAUAGGGUGAUCACAGUAAUAGACGAAGGAAGCACGUAGCUCGAUCAAAGGAUCGUUGCGAUAUUUGGUGCAGCUGAAUUUUUAAAAAGAAAUCCACUUUGCUAUUCUAUUAUCUUGAGACCUCAAAAGUAGCUUCCCCUUCGAUUUAAUUUUUCAUCAAAUCUGCACCGUAUGUAUGUAAAGAAAUUGCAAUUUCGCUUAUGUUUAAAUUAUGUAAAUUUUAGACUGAAGCUUUAUGCUUCAAUUUUUUUUUGCAUAACUUGAAAUCGUUCGAAAAUCCUGAAUACCUGACCUGAAUUUUUAUACAGAUUGAACCUGGUUGUCAGAACAACGAAUUGAUUGCAAUAGUACAAAACCAAAAAAUAUUAUGCAGGAUUUAAGAGAGAGCUAUUGGAGGGACUAAUUUUAUUCGCUCUGCCUUCGAUCGUUUGGUUUGUUCCUCUUUUCGUUUAAGAUACUUAAGAUUAAGGAUCGUAUUAGCGAUAAUUUUAGCGAACAGUGACACGCUGGGUUGGACCAGCGGUGCGAUUGCUCGCGGUGCAAUUAAGGACAAUAACGUCGGCUUUCGACGAGAGGAACCACGGAAACGUUCCGUCCACAAUGGAGAUAACCUCGACUCGCGUCGACGUAUUUGUUUAAGCUUCGUGCUAGAUCACUGCCACGCGUAGAUGCACGAAUUGAACGAUCCUUCGUUAACAUAAUCAAGGAACUGUGUCUGACCAUACAAAAAAAUACCAUGAACCCUUAUUCACUGAUCUAAAUACAAUUUUUAGAGUUUACAGAAAAUAAUAGAAUAAAAAUAUUGGUAUAUAUCACUCCUUAAAGGUAAGAAAAUUAACCUCAAAGGAAAAUAGACUGUACACCUUUGAAAUUAAGAAAAGUAAUGAAAACUUCAAGAACUAAAAUUGAGACUGCAGCAAAAUUUUUAUAAUAAAAAUUUUGAAAAAAGUAUGGAUCGUUUAAUUCAUGUUGAUGUAAAAAUCAUGUCCUAGAAGACUUCUUUGAAAGGGAUUUGUUUAAAGGCUGAUGCUUACACGUAGGCAAUGCUAGCUGAAGGUAUUUGAAACUAGUCCAAUCGAAAAGCGAUUAAGUGGUAAUGAUAGUGUAACGAUAGAAUUAUGUAGCCAGAAACGAGAGUAUAUCUUUGUACCGUCGUUCGAGAUAUUUCGAGAGUUUUUCUUGGAGCAGUGUUUCUCUUUUUCUGAUCGAGCGAGUCGCGAACGGUACAAAAGCAAAGAGAUAACGAUACUAUUUAUUUAUCAAACUAUUUAUAUUAGAAUUAUACAUACGCAUGUCAUGUACAUACACGCACAUACACUUAUAUAUACACACAUAACUAUAUACGCGAUAAUAAGCGUACACAUACGUGUGCUAUCGUGAAGUAGAUUAAAUAAGGUACUCCGAAUUCAUUGCAAUAGAGUUCUGUUUUAUACUCGAAGAAAUUUAUAUUUUUUUUUUGCAAUUGGAUAUGAUUAAAAUAAUUUUCUUUGAUUGAAGAUCAAAAGUAUUGAAUAAUGAAAAAUUUAAACACAGAACUUAAUUGUGUUUGAAAUAAUUUUUAGAUUAUAUUAUCGUUAUCAUUAGCGAUAACACAAGGCUGCUAGUCGAUCGUGUUGCUUGUGCAAUACAAAGAACAAUAAGUUGCGAACUAACGUUUAUUACAUGGAACAUAGCAACACUGAACAAAACUGCCUAUAUUGUAAUAUUGUAACGUUGUUAAUACAAAAAUGUGAUUUUACCAAG